AUGACCCAGCAACAUGUGCAGCCUUUGUCAGCUCUCGGACGGUUCUACAUCUACGCUAUCCAUGGCUAUGCCACAGAGGUGAUGUUUACAGCCAUUUGGGAAUUUGCAGUCAACCAGAACUGGAAGUUUCCCGGCAAUACAAGUGUUUGGUCAUUCCCAAUCUAUGGCCUUUCACUGUGUAUGCUAGAACAGCUUUAUCUUCACAUGAAAGACAGAAUCCAUAUACUUGGUAGGGCAGUAGUCUAUAUGUUGUCCACAUACAUAAUGGAGUUCAGCACAGGCUACAUUCUAAAGAAAUUUGAUGCCUGUCCAUGGGACUAUACUCCAUUUGAGGGAGAUUUCAUGGGACUGAUUACACUGGAGUAUGCUCCCCUGUGGUUUAUAGGAGGAAUUGUGGUGGAAAAGUUUGUUAUCCGAUACACCCGUCACAUGUAUUGGGGUCCACCAGUUGAAGAAUUGCCAGUCAUGUCACGGUUGUUGAAUGGAGAAAUUAAGGCCAAGCAUAUGUGA